CUUUGUGUGGAGAAUGUCUUGUCUGUCCCGAAAAAUUACCAGAUUUACUGUUUACAUAUCAGUGAAAAUAGUCCGGCCAUAUAAAAUCGCUUGUCCUCCUCUCCGUAGAUCUUUUCCAGUCGCAUGUUGAAGUUUGAGUGGAUCAUGUCUAGCGAUUCUCCUGAUUACAACAGGUAAAGCCUUGUUUCAUGGCGUCACAUUAAAAUGACAUGUAUUACAUUAUUUAUAGACCUGCAUUUUCCAUGCAUCUUGUAGCUAUUCGUAGGAAACUAGCUAGCUAGGUGGCUUACAACGCCGGACCCCAUUGGCAUUAGCUUGCUAGCUUAAUGUUAGUUAACGUUAGCUAUCCAUGUUAGUUCUCUGUCAAGAUGCUAGGUCACGUCUGCCUCAUAUUUAGCUGAUGCAAAGAAUAUGCAGUAAAAUAUACAAUUUGGUUACCUAGACACAAUUUACACAUUUACUAACUGUAGGCUUGUCAUUUUACACAAAACCAAUUAGAUAAUGUCAGAUGGUGUCAUCCACGGCCUAGUUCCAGCCUUGGUUGAACUAAGUUUCAGACAGACUAGCGCAAUGAUGGCUUUGGUUCCAGCUAGUUCGGCUAAAUUAGUUAUCUAGGUUGCUAACUUUGGUUAACUAGCUAGUCAGCUUGCUAACGUUGCCACGCACGGACUGAGUUGGCAGCAGGAUUAGAGGGGGAAUUUUUUAAAAUUAAUAUUAGCUAAAUUUAUUGAAUUUCAUCGGUUUAUCAGCUCCAUCGGAGAUUAGUUAGCUUAAGAAAAAAUGGUGCUCCUUUUGGGAUGUGGACAAGUGCGAGACAAACCAACCAAGUCGGUGAAGUUGGGACACCACAGGUCUCACUCAAUAAGCAACACUAGCUAAAUGUAAUUUCUAUAUAUUUUUUGUAUUUUACUCCUCACACUUACAUGUCAAACUUCCCACUUGGCUGAUGAGGAUUUUCCUGUAAUUGCUUCACCAACCCUCUCCCAAUAACCAUAUUGAAAUUAAUCUGAAUGUUUUGGUUGCUCAGUAUGUCUGAUGCUGCUCCUUAUUUUCACCUAUAGCUCAAGAGAUCGUGAGCAUGAUGCAGGGCCAGAGGGGAUGGAGCCUGAUGGUGUCAUCGAGGUAUGGUCUUAACUCUCUCCUAGCGAAAUCAAUUAAUUUGGUUAAAAUAAAUUAUGGAUCUCUGAGGAUUAGGGUAAUCUCUCCAUGACUGCAUUGGUUUGAAAGUUUACCCGACUCCUUGCACAUCACUUGUUAUAGGGGAUUUCAGUUCCCUUCUGUAACAAGGUUUGAGUGAAAUGAUGGCAUUUCAUCUUUCGGGACAGACCUGAUAAUGGUGACACCUUUCUAUACUGAUCACUCAACCUCAAGCGUAGGCCUGCAGUUGACUCACUGUCAUCGUAACAAUUUGUACACUGAACUAAAUACUCAUGUUAUUGUGCAGAGCAACUGGAACGAGAUUACUGACAACUUCGAUGAUAUGGCCCUGAAGGAGACACUCCUUAGGGGUAUUUAUGCGUAUGGUUUUGAGAAGCCAUCGGCCAUUCAACAGAGGGCAAUCAUUCCGUGUAUCAAAGGUAUGUAAAUCAAUGGUUUGUUUAUACCAAUAAAUGAAAGUUGAACAUCCUCUCAUUGAGUGAAAUGAUGGUAUACCAUCUUUUGGGACUGCAAUGGAGAACUACUUUUGAGUGUUAAUGAUCACUCAAGUGAAUGAGGACUUAAUUUGCAUUCUGAUCAUGAAACCCCUUUGCUCCCACCCCCCAGGCUUUGAUGUCAUUGCCCAAGCCCAGUCAGGCACUGGCAAGACUGCCACGUUUGCCAUCUCUAUUUUGCAGCAACUGGACAUGGAGCAGAAAGAGACCCAGGCUUUGGUACUGGCCCCCACCAGGGAGCUGGCUCAGCAGGUAUGCUGUACCUGAGGUCAGGAUAAACUUAAGUGUAUCAGACCAAGGCGGCAUAUUAAGUCUCAAACCAAAAAGGUAUUUAUAUUUUCCCCACUUCCUUCCUUCAUGCAAAAUCAACUAAUUGGAUUAAAGGAGGUGACAGAUCUCUUAGGAUCGGUGUAGUCUCUGUCCAUGACUGCAUUGCUCUGAAAGUUGACCUGACUACUUGCCUAUCACUUGUUUAUAGGGGAUUUCAGUUCCCUUCUGUAAUGAGGGUUGAGUGAAAUGAUGUCAUUUCAUCUUUCGGGACAGACCUGAUAAUGGUGACAACUUUUUAUGCUGAUCACUCAAGAAACCCACAAGUCUAGUUUAAUACAUUGAUGCCAAGCGCAAAUCACCAUGAAACAUAUUGUUUUACCCAUUUCAGAUCCAGAAGGUGAUUCUGGCUCUGGGGGACUACAUGGGGGCUGCCUGCCACGCCUGCAUUGGGGGCACCAACGUCCGCAACGAGAUGCAGAAGUUGACGGCCGAGGCCCCCCACAUAGUGGUGGGGACUCCAGGCCGGGUGUUUGACAUGCUUAACAGGAGAUACCUGUGUAAGUACUCAUCAGUGUAAGUAUCUGCCAUCUGACCAACUCAUUUCUCUCUUGUCCAUUGGCAUUCUUUAGAGGCCUUCCUAGCUUGUUGAUCACAAUACAUGUGCUAAGUUGCAGUCUUGUCUACUUCAUUGUAGCUCCGAAAUGCAUCAAGAUGUUUGUCCUGGACGAAGCUGAUGAGAUGCUGAGUCGAGGUUUUAAGGAUCAGAUCUAUGAGAUCUUUCAGAAACUGAGCACAAACAUCCAAGUAGGUCUCUUUUUUAUAAAUUAUUAAAUAAAACUAUUUAUUCUAUACUGAACAAAAAUAAACGCAACAUGUAAAGUUUUGGUCCCAUGUUUCAUGAGCUGAAAUAAAAGAUCCCAGAAAAAUGUCCAUACCUACCUGAAAGCUUAUUUCUCAAAUGUUGUGCACAAAUGUGUUUACAUCCCUGUUAGUUAGCAUUUCAACUUUGCCAAGAUGAUCCAUCCACCUGACAGUUGUGACUUAUCAAGAAGCUGAUUAAACAGCAUGAUUACACAGGUGCACCUUGUGCUAGGGACAAAAGGCCACUCUAAAAUAUGCCGUUUUGUCACACAACACAAUGCCACAGAUGUUUCAAGGGAGUGUCCAAUUGGCAUGCUGACUGCAGGAAUGCCCACCAGAGCUGUUGGCAGAGAUUUUCAUUUUUGUAGUUUUAGAGAAUUUCGCAGCAUGUCCAACUGGCCUCACAACCAUAGACCACAUGUAGCCACGCCAGGCCAGGACCUCAACAUCCAGCUUCUUCACCUGCGGGAUCGUCUGAGACCAGCCACCCGGACAGCUGAUGAAACUGGGUUUGCAUAACUGGAUAAUUUCUGCACAAACUGUCAAACAGUCUCAGGGAAGAUCAUCUGCGUGAUCGUCGUCCUCACCAGGGGCUUGACCUGACUGCAGUUUAGUGUCGUAACCGACUUCGAUGGGAAAAUGCUCACCUUCGAUGGCCACUGGCACGCUGUUUUCAACGCUACUGAGCAGACGAGUGGUUUGCUGAUGUCAGCGUUGUGAACAGUGCCUCAUGGUGGGGUUAUGGUAUGGGCAGGCAUAAGCUACGAAACACAAUUGCAUUUUAUUGAUGGCAAUUUGAAUGAAGAGAUACCGUGACGAGAUCCUGAGGCCCAUUGUCGUGCCAUUCAUCCGCUGCCAUCACCUCAUGUUUCAGCAUAAUACACAGCCCCAUGUCGCAAGGAUCUGUACACAAUUGCUGGAAGCUCAAUGUCCCAGUUCUUCCAUGGCCUGCAUACUCACCAGACAUGUCACCCAUCGAGCAUAUAGGGAUGCUCUGGCUCAACGUGUACGACAGCAUGUUCCACAGCUAUUGAAGAGGAGUGGGACAACGUUCCACAGGCAACAAUCAACCGCCUGAUCAACUCUAUGCAAAGGAUUAAUUCAUUUCUGCAUUUAUAAUUGGAUUUUCUGUUAUAACAAUGUAUUUUUGUACUUAUGUAUUGUAUAUUGCUUUAUGGUGUUUUCAUAUAAGCCCUUGGGCUUACAUCACCUGCACACUGUUUCAAAUUUAAAAAAAAAAUUCAAAUCUCACUUUGUGUAAAUAAAACAAAACAGCCUGAUCAACUCUGAGACGGAGAUGUGUUGCACUGCAUGAGGCAAAUGGUAUUCACACCAGAUACUGUUUUAUGAUUCACACCCCUGACUUAAAAAAAAAAAGCUAACUGUGACCAACAGAUGCAUAUCUGUGUUCCCAGUCAUGUGAAAUCCAUAGAUUGAGGCCUAAUUUAUUUCAAUUGACUGAUUCCCUUGUAUGAACACAACAAUUUCAACAAUGUUACAGUUCAUGUAAGUCAAUUGAAAAAUUCAUUAGGCCCUAAUCUAUGAAUUUCACGACUGGGCAGGGGUGCUUCUAUGGGCCCAGCCACUUACUAGCCAGACCCAGCCGAUCAUAAUGAGUUUUCCCCCACAAGGGCUUUAUUAGACAAAUACUCUUCAGUUUCAUCAGCUGUCUCAGACGAUCCCGCAGGUGAAGAAGCUGGAUGUGGAGGUCCUGGGCUGGUGUGGUUGUGAGGCCGGUUGGAUGUGCUGCCAAAUUCUCUAAAACUAUGUUGGACGCGGCUUAUGGUAGAGAAAUUAAAAUCUCUGGCAACAGCUCUAGUGGACAUUCCUGCAGUCAGCAUGCCAAUUGCACACUCCCUCAACUUGAGAGCUUUGUGGCAAAACUGCACAUUUUAGUGGCCUUUUAUUGUCUCCAGCACAAGGUGCAUCUGUAAUGGUCAUGCUGUUUAAUCACCUUGAUAUGCCACACCUGUCAGGUGGAUGGAUUAUCUUGGCAAAGAAGAAAUGCUCACUAACAGGGAUGUAAACAAAUUUGUGCACAACAUUUUAGAAAAGCUUUUUGUGUGUAUGGACAUUUUCUGGGAUCUUUUUAUUUCAGCUCAUGAAACAUGGGACCAACACUUUACAUAUGUUUUUAUAUUUUUGUUCAGUAUAACUCAGGAAUAUCUUUAAUUGUUUUGUAUAGUUCUGUGUAUAUACUUGCACAAUUUUACUCAUGCAUAUGAAUACAUUUUCAGAUUGCAUGCUAGUGCUUUGCUGAAGAGAAUAGGAGUUGAACCUGUAACCUUGUAGUCAGAAGGCAAUCACAUGAGGUUGUUUUCCCUAGUCACCCCACUUCCACAUGAAAUAACUGCUAAAAUUGCAGAUGCCAGGUUAGCUUGGUUUAUGCAGUAAUGCUAGCAGAGUAUUGCGUGGGUAUGAGUCGUGGUCGGACCUCUUAAUGUUCGUUGUCGUCUGUCUCGAGGCCCAGUGCAACAAUUAAUCAGCAACUUUGGAUGACAGGCGCAUUUCUCCAGUUCACAGGGUAAUGAGUUUCUCCGGUAUCUCCACAGGUGGUCCUCCUCUCUGCCACCAUGCCAGCGGAUGUCCUGGAGGUGACCAAGAAGUUCAUGCGAGAGCCCAUUCGCAUCCUGGUGAAGAAGGAGGAGCUUACCCUGGAGGGUAUCAAGCAGUUCUACAUCAAUGUAGAGCGAGAGGUGGGUAGUGUUCACCAACGCCAUGGCUCCAUAUUUAUCCAGUUGCAAAUGUUGAGUUCCAGUAGUCCAACCAAGGAUCUAGCGUUUCCCUUUUAAAGCACCCUGCUAUAAUUGUGGGGGUGAAGCCUCUGGGCUUGGCCCUUGCAGGCAUGUGAGCAUGGGUACACCAAGGAAGAAAAGUGAAGGCAGUGUCGCAAAUGAGGCUAGGGUGGACCGCUUUCUUAAUGUCCGGGGUCCUAUGUCUCAAGAUUCUGUGCUACAAUAUCUCUGAAUGUGUAAUGUUCCAUUUAGAAAUAAUUUGUCAUAAGGCUAGCCAGGCCUGCUCAGUAAAAUGAGUUGUAAAAUGAGUUGUACCCUUCCUGUUUCUUCCAGGAGUGGAAGUUGGACACGCUGUGCGACCUGUACGAGACUCUGACAAUCACUCAGGCAGUCAUCUUCCUCAACACCAGGAGGAAGGUCGACUGGCUGACCGAGAAGAUGCACGCAAGGGACUUUACUGUCUCUGCUCUGGUAAGACCACCAGAAACAUUGCUACCAGAAUUAUAAUGGAGCUCAAAUGCUGUCAUAUUGGACAUAAAGUUGUAUUAGAAAGUUCAGGUUGAAUGAACAAGUUUUUGUUUUGUUUAAAUAUAUAUAUAUAUAAUAUAUUUCUAGCAUGGAGACAUGGACCAGAAGGAAAGGGAUGUGAUCAUGAGGGAGUUCAGGUCUGGCUCCAGCAGAGUGCUCAUCACUACUGACUUACUGGUGAGUCUACACUCUGAUCUACCGACUGUCAUUAGUGAUGACUAAACAUGUGUGCAUGAUAUUGUGUUAUCCCAAAAUGCAACCCAAAAGGUUUUUCUCAGCGAUGGCCCUUUGUAUGGCUUAGCAGUAAUACCUUUUGGGAGAUGAAAGGUCUGUUCUCCACCACGGAUUUCUCUCGCUGUAGGAAUCUGUUACUUAAUGUCAGACUACAUUUAAAAAAAAAAUCAAAUUUGCUUUAGAUAUUCAUGUUGGUGCCUCAACUUUGCUUGCUUUGAACUAUUGUUCUUUUUGAUAUUCAGGCUCGAGGAAUUGAUGUGCAGCAGGUUUCCCUGGUCAUAAACUAUGACCUUCCUACAAACCGAGAGAAUUAUAUUCACCGGUAUGUAAUCUGAUGAAAUGGAUGACUUGUGUUAUGACUGAAUCUUUAAUGUAAUUGUAAAGUUUGCGCCUGGACCUGACAUUUUGUUCCCCCCUCAUUUCUACAGAAUUGGUCGCGGUGGCCGUUUUGGCAGAAAAGGCGUGGCUAUAAACUUUGUGACCGAAGAGGACAAGCGUAUCCUUCGGGACAUCGAGACGUUUUACAAUACGACAGUUGACGAGAUGCCUUUGAAUGUGGCUGACCUGAUUUGA